AUGCCUGCAAUUGCCAGUCGCGAUUCCAUCUCGGCCAUCAAAUCGGAGAAGUCUGGUGAGAUCGCCAGAUCCAACGGUGAUUCAACUCCUCAGAAGCGGAGACUGAGAUCUGAUGCGGCAGCGGAGCAGAACAAGAGCCCAACUUCAACGCCGAUGAAAUGGAAAUCUCCUCGCCGUAGCCUCAAUUCCAGUCCAAACACUCCUAUUAAUGGAAUUAAAAAAAGUUCAGAUGAAAAACUCGUGACGCGCAAAUCACCGGUUAAGAAGAGAUUAUUUGAGAGUCGUAAAGCCAAACCAAAUUGGAAUCCUCAAGAUGUGGAGCAAAUGAGUGCAGUAAAGGAGGCUCUACACGUGUCAACAGCGCCAUCGACGGUUGUCUGUCGUGAGGAGGAGCAGAAAAGGGUUUUGGAGUUCUGUAAGAAGCAUUUGGAACAAGAGAAGGCUGGGAGUUUGUAUGUGUGUGGUUGUCCCGGGACAGGGAAAUCAUUGUCCAUGGAGAAAAUUAAACAGCAUUUGCUUGACUGGGCUAAAGAGGAGGGUUUUCAGGUGCCAGAUGUAUUAGCCAUUAAUUGUACUUCACUUACAAACACAUCUGAAAUUUUCAGCAAGAUUAUUUUUAAAAUGCAAGGAAGGAAGAAAAUCAGUGGCUCCACUUCACCUUUACAACAACUUCAGAACUUGUAUUCUCAAAAGCAGCAGUCAUCUGGCUCAAAAAUGAUGCUAAUUGUUGCUGAUGAGUUGGAUUAUUUGAUUACCAGAGACCGAGCGGUCCUUCAUGAUCUUUUCAUGCUUACAACUUUUCGUUCUAGAUUCUAUAAUAGUGUACUGUUUGUGGCAACUAUCUCAUUGACAUGUUUCGCUCCCUUCUGUUUUCUCUAUCUUAAAACUGCAUGCCACUUUUGCUUACAAUAUCUUCGCUUUACAGGAAUAGCAAAUGCCAUAGAUCUUGCAGAUAGAUUUCUUCCAAGACUUCAGUCACUGAAUUGUAAACCUCUUGUUGUGACAUUUCGAGCUUACUCUAAAGAUCAAAUCAUCAGAAUACUUCAGGAGAGGCUCAUGGCACUUCCUUAUAUUGUCUUUCAGCCACAAGCAUUGGAACUCUGUGCCAGAAAAGUUGCUGCUGCUUCUGGAGACAUGCGGAAAGCUCUGAGUGUUUGCAGGAGUGCAAUUGAGGUGCUAGAUACGGAACUGAGAGAGUCUGCAAGCAAAAUAAACUCAACAUCAGUCGAGAAAGGGUCCUUUGAUCAACAGGCAGCUCCAGCUCUUGAAUUCUUCAAUUCGCAGGUGAGGGUUGAUCAUAUGGCUGUUGCUUUGUCAAAUACAUUUAAAUCUCCAGUAGUCGACACCAUACAGUCUCUCCCUCAACAUCAACAAAUUAUACUUUGCUCUGCGGUGAAGUUCUUCCGCAGAGGAAAGAAAGAUACAACUGUUGGGGAGCUAAAUAAAUCAUAUAUGGAAAUCUGCAAAACGUCCCUCAUUCCACCAGUUGGAAUUCUGGAAUUUUCGAGUAUGUGCAGAGUGCUAAAUGACCAGGGGCUUCUCAAAUUAGGCCAGUCUCGUGAAGAUAAAUUGAAAAGAGUAACAUUAAAAAUAGAUGAGUCUGAUAUCACUUUUGCAUUGCAGGGAGUUCGUUUCUUUCGGAAUUGUCUUCAAUAAUUUUGCUCUUAAGUUG